GAACGACCAAUGAAUGACAUCUCUGUUACUCUAGUUAUCAGAUUUUUGACAAACCAAAGAGUUGAAGAGGUGUUGUAAAAUUAGAUUAGAAGAACCAGAAUUCAGAAUCGAUGGCCAUGGUUGGGUCUAUUGUAAAGUACGGAAUCAUAGGAGUUGGAAUGAUGGGUAGGGAACAUCUGCUGAAUUUGUACCAUCUUCGCACCGAAGGCGUAGUGGUUGUUGCUAUCGCUGACCCUCACCUUCCCUCACAACAACUCGCUCUUGACUUGGCACACUCCUUUAAUUGGCCUCUCAAGGUUUUCUCAGGUCACCAGGAGCUGUUGGACAGUGGACUAUGUGAUGUUUUGGUGGUAUCAACUCCUAACAUGACCCAUCACAGGAUACUAUUGGACAUAAUCAAUCAUUCCAAACCCCAUCAUGUACUGGUAGAAAAGCCCUUGUGCACCACAGUCUCUCACUGCAAAGAGGUUGUUGAUGCUGCUAGAAAAAGACCAGAUAUAUUGGUACAAGUUGGACUGGAAUAUAGAUACAUGCCACCUGUUGCAAAGCUGAUAGAAAUAGUUAAGGGAGGAAGCCUUGGGUGUGUCAGAAUGGUAGCAAUUCGGGAGCAUCGGUUUCCUUUCUUGGUUAAGGUGAACAAUUGGAAUCGGUUCAAUAUUAACUCAGGGGGCACUCUGGUGGAGAAGUGUUGCCACUUCUUUGAUCUGAUGAGGCUGUUUGUUGGUGCAAAUCCUGUUCGUGUGAUGGCUUCUGGAGCUGUUGAUGUUAAUCACAAGGACGAAAUAUAUGAUGGAAAGGUGCCAGAUAUCAUUGACAAUGCCUAUGUUAUAGUUGAAUUUGACAAUGGUUCUCGAGGAAUGCUUGACCUUUGUAUGUUUGCCGAAGGGAGUAAAAAUGAGCAAGAAAUAUCUGUUGUCGGAGACAUCGGAAAGGGAGAAGCCCUUGUUCCUGAGAGUGUUGUGCGGUUUGGUACACGAAAAGCAGCGCGAGACGGUGUCCAGACUUUGAAAGCUGAGGAUAAUCGAAUAAAAUAUGAUGGAUUACAUCAUGGGUCUAGCUAUCUAGAACACCUUAACUUCUUGUCUGCAAUCAGAGCUAAAGGAGAAAAGGUUCCCAGUGUAGAUCUCCAAGAUGGAUUAAUAUCUGUUGCUAUGGGAGUUGCAGCACAACUCUCUAUAGAAAAUGGUCGAUUUGUUACUAUUGAGGAAGUUAUGGUUGAACUCAAAAUUUGAAGGUGUUUCAACUUGGAAGUGAAAGUAAUUGUUGUCUUUGCUGUUGUUACAAAGUGACGCUAUCACUCCCUCAUGAAAAAGUGCGAUAUGAAUUGUGAAAUAUACAUUUAUUUCACAUAAACUAGUCUAUUUGUAGCGUUAGCUCCUCUAUUUUUGCAACUCAUUUUAUGUAAACUGAAACGGGAAUAUUAUAAGCCAGAACUGCAAGUUUAAGCCAAAUAACGGUGCUCUAAUAUAAUUUUAGGAUGGAGAUGUGAUACAUAUACUUGUUUAGACAGUUACUCUGAUGUGUUUUAUUAAUUACAUUUUGCACUGUAAUUGUAGAAUUUUGCUGAAAAUUUGAAACCUGUGUAGGAUUUUAGU